GUUUGUACUACCUUGCUAGUCGGCUUAGUUACCGCAAGCCUGGCUAGGGAUUGUUUCUGUUCACAAAAUUGAACGAAAACCCUAACUACAAACUAGGGUUUAUUGUAAGCUAUAAUUUCUUUGCAUCUUCUUCCAAACUUUCCCAAUUUAUUUCUGAUUCUACGAUUUCACAAUUGUUUGUUGGCAUUUUCCUCUUCAAAAUGGCGAAGAAGAGUGUGCAUCUUCCGUUGGAACUCAUAACGGAAAUCCUGUUGAGGUUGCCGGUGAAGACUGUAUUAUGCUGCAAGUGCGUCUGCAAGUCAUGGCUAUCCCUUAUCUCUGAUCCCGAUUUCGGUACUUCACAUUUUCAACUUGCUGCCUCACAGCCUACCCAUAGACUUGUCUCCUUAAAAAAUUAUUGUUUCCCUCUUAAAACUCUAUCUAUAGAUUUUGAUGCAUCACUUAACGAUGAUUCAUCUUAUUCUUCUUUGCUAAGCCUUCGAUUUUUGCAUCUCCGAUCUUUUUGUGAAAUUGUUGGCUCUUGUAGAGGCUUUUUGUUGUUGACAUGUGACAAAGACUUCUACAUAUGGAAUCCAUCCACCGGUGUUAUCAAACACAUACCUGUCUCUGUCUCUCCUAUAACUAUGGCCUCCAAUGAUAAUUUGUAUGGCUUUGGAUAUGACCCAUCAAUAGAUGAUUACUUAAUAGUUUUGGGGUCCUUUAAACACACCAAUGAUCCUGCAGAUAGUUCUAUUGACUUAGCCAUUUUCUCACUUAGAGCUAAUCAAUGGAAGCAAAUUCAGUCUGCUUCUCAUUUUCCUUAUUGGACUAUUGCUAAUGCCUGGUUGCUCUUGAAUGAGGUUAUUCAUUGGUUUUGUUAUAAUUACGAGACUUCAAGGUAUGCUAUUAUUGCCUUUGAUUUUAAGGAAACCAGAAUGUCAGAGAUAGCUCUGCCGGAUGAAUUUAUUUUCAGUGUUCGUAACUCUUUUUCUAUAAAUUUUGAUUUGUCGGAACUUGGAGGACUUAUUAGUGCAUAUAAUGUGGAGAAUUAUAGAAUUGAGAUAUGGGUCAUGCAAGAAUACAAAGUGCAUUCAUCUUGGACUAAGACUCUUAAUUUUUCUUUUCAUCCUGCUCUGGAUUUUUCGCCAUUAUGCUUUACAAAUUGUGGCGAUAUAGUUGGAACAGUUCGUGGUGGUGGAUUAGUCAAGUUUAAUGACAAAGGACAGUUACUAGAGCGUCACUCUUACAGUAACUUUUGCUUCAAAAGAUCCCAAAUGGUUGUCUAUAGAGAGUCUCUGCUUUCACUCCCUAGUGGCACUGGGCAAGCUUUAGACGACUCUUGAUAACAAACAAGAAUAUGACUAUGAAGUAUUUGCAUUUAUAAUUUUAUUGAUGAUAUUCAUAUUGUGUGUAUUAUGAACUCUUGAAAUCAUGGAGCAUGAGUAUUGAUAUGCAAAAUAGUUAAACUGCAUGAAGACAAAACAAGAUUGAGAGUAGAGUUAGUACAUGAACUUCACCAUCUUUAUCUUAUUCCAUCAUUAUGUUCUCUUUUUGCAAUAUUUUACAUUUUAUUGCUGUCUUAAUAUUAGUAACAUGCUUACCUCCAUUGUUUCCCUUAAUAAUGUGUUACCUUCCAUUCUUUUAAAGGUAUUUUGUUUGAAGACUUGAUACAUAAUUUGUUGAUGAUAUGAAAUCAAUUUUAAGCUGGGAUGAUUAGUUAGGAAUUGACACUAGUUAUGCAUUGUUGUUCCUAAUUUGCAAUUUGAGAUUUGGAUCAUAGGUUGAUGAUUCAUAAUUUGAGAACUUCGAUAGUAAGUUGUUCUCAUGUAACUAGUUUCCAUUAACUAGUGAAUAUUGGAUAGUGAAGUAGGUUGUUGUUCAAUAAGUCGCCGAACUAUUUAAUUUAAACACUGCAGGUUGGUUUAUUUAUAUGCAUCAGUUUUCUUUAGUAAGUAAGGGUGUACUAUGUGAGAAUGGGUAUGUAAAUAUUUCUUUUUAAUUGGAAUAUGGAAACAAAGAAAACUAUAAAUCUGGACAAACCAAUGAAUUUAUGGGUUUGCUUUGUUUCAUGUUUUAAAGUUUACAUUACAUAGAGAAUAACCAGUUCCAAACCUGCACAACAAUGUUUCUAAUUUUAUUCAAGUUGCUUUCUUUUAUAUAUUUGCUACUUCACUUCAUUUUUUUCAACCAUUUUGUUGUGAAGAUCUUCAAUUGGGAAGUAUAGAAUCAAGGACUAACAUAUUUGAUUAUGCACCAAACAUAGACUGUCGAUUUGGCUUUAACAAAAUUAAUUAAUGUAGGUACAAUAGUAGUUUUGUAUUGGGUUUCAGAUUCCUAGUUGGCUCUCAAAUGUGUCUAUGUUAAUUCGAUAAACCGUCACUUCGGUAUCUAAAUGUGUGAGACAAUGUCAUUAUGAAUUCAGAGUGUGUAAAAUUACAAAUAGGACUUAAUUAAAAUAUUUCUUUAGGUUGAUUAUGAAGAGGAUUCAUGAAAUGUAGAAAUGAUGCACUCUCAGAUCGAGAGGCUCAUGAUACCAAUUUAAGA